AUGCGCGGAAGAGUCGCGGCCCCGUCGCGCCGCGUCCUCUCACGCGCGACGCGCGUACGGCGCGCCACCCCCACCGCACGUAACUGCAGCAGCACGAGCAGCAGCGACCGCCUCCCGCGGCUCACGGACCUCGUGCUCAUCCGCCACGGCGAGAGCGAGGGCAACAUCGCUCGCCAGCGGUCAUUGGCCGGCGACCACAGUCUCUUCGCCGGCGAGUUCAAGCACCGGCAUAGCUCGAACUGGCGCCUGACGGAUAGAGGACGACGACAGGCAGCAGCGGCCGGUGAUUGGCUGCGCCGCAACGACUUGGCGCGCUUUGACCGCUACCUCGUGUCGGAGUACCUGCGCGCGAUGGAGACUGCUGGCCGCAUGGGGCUCGUGGACGCUCGCUGGUACGCCGAGAUGCUCAUUCGGGAGCGCGACUGGGGCGCUAUGGACCUCAUGAGUGAGCAGGAGCGCUUCAUCAACAUGCAGGACGAGCUCAAGCGGCGCGAACUCAAUCGGUUCUACUAUGCGCCGCCGGGCGGCGAGUCUUUGGCGGCCGUAGCGCAACGUGCCGACCGGUUGCUGGGCAUUCUGAACCACGAGUGCCGCGACAAGCGCGCGAUUGUUGUUGCCCAUGGAGAAGUGAUCUGGGCCAUGCGGACGCGGCUCGAGAGGAUGUCGCAGGAUACGUUCAUGGAGCUCCAAGAGUCGGGCCGCAUGGUGGACCAGAUCCACAACGGCCAUGUGCUGCACUAUACGCGGAAAGACCCGCUGACUGGUACCAUGGCGCCGUACUUCACGCACGUGCGGUCUGUGUGCCCGUGGAAUGAGAAGCUCAGUCCGAAAGGAUGGAUGAAGAUUGACCGACCCGUGUACGACAAUGAGCUGCUGCUGGCAACUGCAGAACGCGUGCCUCGGAUGAUCAUUUCGGAGGAGUACCUGGAGCAGACGUACAAUGGCGCCAAGUCGCUGUCGAAGGGCGACGGCAUCGCGGACGGUGUGGCUCCUUCGACGAGCUUGAUUAGGGCUUCACCAUCCGCUGCGGAAGCGACAGACAGAUCUGCGAAGCCCCCAGCGAAAAAGGACGAACGACAGAUACCGCUCUUGAUUCCAGGAAAGCCUAUGCUGAAUUUGAAAAACGUGGUGGUGGUGAAGAAGAUGUCGCGGUUUCAGCAUGAAGCAGAGUUGUACGGCAACACUGGGGAAGCAUUGAGGAAGCAAAUGUCGAUGCGAGGAUUUAUUCACGACCGCUUGAAAGCAAGCCACGAGCAUCAUGUCGAGGCCGUCGAUGAAAUCACCAACAGUUUCAAGGAGCGCGACAUUCAGGUGAACGUCGUAUCUGCUAAUCAGCUCACGCACGAGGCAGUAGAAGGGACGGACAUGAUAUUUUCCGCUGGCGGUGAUGGGACGUUUCUGAAGACAGCGAGCUUCGUGAACACUCCAAUUCCUGUCGCAGGUUUGAACACGGACCCGAAACGAAGCGAGGGUAAUUUAUGCUGCUACAAGAUUGACAACGUCACCCAUCGAUUCAGCACAGCGCUGGACCGCUUGCUGGAGGGAGAUUUCAAAUGGCGGUUGCGCCAGCGGAUUCGUGUGGGAAUGGUGAACCAAGACGGGUUCUGGUACGAGCUGCCUCGCUACGCGCUGAACGAAGUGUUUAUCGCAGAAGGUGACGCAUCGCGGCCAUCGCACUAUAACAUUGGCAUCGACCAACACCAGCGCGAGUCGCAUCGCAGUAGUGGCAUUCUCAUGUGUACGGGCACAGGUUCGAGCGCGUGGUACUCGAGCGCGUGCCAAGUCUAUCGAGAGCAGGUCGCAAAUGUUCUCAGCGCGAUGAACCACACACACACCAACGAGACUGUAACGGAGCUGACAGAGUCAAUAAACAAGCAGAACGUUUUCUCUGAAGAUUCACGGGACAUGGGCUACGUCGUGCGCGAGCCGAUCAUUAAUGCCACGUUUGGUGAUAUCCGAUUCAGGCGCGGUAAAGCCCGCCGGGUAUCGAUGCGAUCACUCGGAUGGGAUAUGAGAGUCAACAUCGAUGGCAUCUACUCGGUGCCGUUAGACUACGGCGUUCAGGCGGUGAUGAAGAUCGACGAUGGACCGAAAUACGUGCUGCGCACUGUGGAUUUCUCCCCGUUGCCAGGCUCGGCGCCGAAGGGAAAAAUCUAUUAG